GGUGUUAGGACGACGCAGCCAGCACGAGCCGACCGGAAGUCGGUCGGAUUUUUCGAUCACUUCCUCCUCCUCGACGUCUUCCUUCUUCUUCUCCUUUUGAAGAGGCACCUUUCAGAAGGAAACACGCCGCUCUGGACGGCGUCCUAAUCUGACCGCGGGCGCCAUGAGGUGACGUCUGUGACAUCUUGAAUAAUCCCGCCCCCCCCACCGGGACACAUGGCGAGGAUCACUUUCUCCUGCCUGCCGGCCUCCUGGCACUGCAGCGUGUCCCUUCUGUCUCUGGGCUGCGCUCCCCGGCAGCGGCUGCUGCUGCUGCUGCUCGUCACCUCCGCCGUCCUCCUCCUGGGAACCUACCAGAGGCAGCUGUGGAGCACCAGGCCGCGGCGGCCCGGGUCCCGGGUCAACAAGUACCUCUCCAUCGCAGAGUCCAUGGAGGUCACCGACCUCUCGGACCCGGCUCUGAACUACGGGAUCGUGGUGGACUGCGGCAGCAGCGGCUCCCGGGUCUUCGUGUACUACUGGCCCCCCCACAACGGGAACCCCCACACGCUGCUGGACAUCCGUCAGAUGAGGGACCGCGACCGCAGGCCGGUGGUCAAGAAGAUCAAACCUGGUAUCUCCACCCUGGCCAACACGCCCACCCAGGCCAGCGACUACCUCCGCCCUCUGCUCCUCUUCGCGGCCGCUCACGUCCCGAGGAUCAAACACAAGGAGACGCCGCUCUACAUCCUCUGCACCGCCGGCAUGCGGCUGCUGUCGGAGAGCCAGCAGGCGGACAUCUUGGAGGACCUGGUCGCCGACGUUCCCCUGGAGUUCGACUUCCUGUUCUCCAGCUCGCACGCCGAGGUCAUCUCCGGGAAGCAAGAAGGAGUGUACGCGUGGAUCGGCAUCAACUUUGUGUUGGGCCGCUUCGACCACGCCGAUGAAGAAGACGCGACAGUCGAGGUGACGACGGGCUCUCAGAACCAGCCGCCGAUGAGCAGGCGGCGCACGGUGGGCAUCAUGGACAUGGGCGGAGCUUCCCUGCAGAUCGCCUACGAGGUGCCGGGCGCCAUCGCCUUCAGUUCGCCGCAGGAAGAGGAGGCGGGGAAGAGCGUCCUGGCUGAGUUCAACCUGGGCUGCGACGUGGAGCACACGCAGCACGUUUACAGGGUCUACGUCACCACGUUCCUCGGCUUCGGGGGGAACAUGGCCCGGCAGCGCUACGAGGACCAGCUGCUCAACGGCACGCUGGCAAAGAACAGGUUCCUCACCGCGCAGACCGGCCUGAGCGAGGACCAGCCGUUCCUGGAUCCCUGUCUGCCGGUCAGCCUGUCGGACACGGUCGUCAGGGACAACCACAAGGUGUACCUGAGGGGUCAGGGCGACUGGAGUCGGUGCCGGGCGGCCGUGCGACCGUUCCUGGGCCUCCACAACGGCACCAUGUCCCCGGGCGGCGUCUACCAGGCUCCCAUCAAUUUCAGCAACAGUGAGUUCUACGGCUUCUCCGAGUUCUUCUACUGCACGGAGGACGUUCUGCGGCUGGGGGGCCCGUACGACAGCCACAAGUACUCCAGGGCCGCCAUGGACUUCUGCCUCACCAAGUGGUCGGUCCUGAAGCAGCGUCUGGACAACAAGCUUUUCUCUAAGCAGGCCGACAUCAGCAGACUCAAGUUUCAGUGCUUCAAGUCCUCCUGGAUGUUCGAGGUGUUGCACUCCGGCUUCCGUUUCCCGGCCGACUUCCUGAACCUGAAGACGGCCCAGCUGGUCUACGACAAGGAGGUCCAGUGGACUCUGGGAGCCAUCCUGUUCAAGACCCGGUUCCUGCCUCUCAGGGACCUGCAGCAGGAGACCCUCCGUCAGAGCCACCCCAGCUGGCUGCGCUCCUCCUUCCUCUACAACCACCACCUGCUGUCGCUCUGCAUCCUGGUGGUGGCGCUCGCCAUCCUGCUCUACAUCCUGCGCCUGAGGAGGAUCCACCAGAGGGAGCAGCGGCAGGCCGAGACCCUGAACCUCCUGUGGGCCGAGGAGGGAGAGGCCCUGCUCUCCUGAGACGAUGGGGGGGGGGUCACAGGGACCUGGAGAUCUGUGGAGGGGUCACAGGAAUCUGGAAAACUGUGGGGGGGG